AUGAGUUACGAUGAAGUUGUUGUAUUGGAAAAACCACUCCAACAUUUAGGACUGGGCGAUUGGAAUUCUCGAGUCUCACAAUUGCGUAAUGUUGCUGAAACUAAAAAUGAUACAGCUUUUCAAAUGCGUCAUGAUGCUCGGACUUUGCGAAAUGAAACACGCAUCGAAGCUGAUUGGACUAACUAUCAAACAAAUAUAGCAUUAUCAGAGCGAAAAGCCGAAAUUGAACGCUGGAGAAUUACAAUUCAGCAAAUGUUGAGACGCAUUGAAAAUGAAAUGCAAUUGUUGCGAGAAGAAAAGGCUACAACGGAACGAGAACUGCAAGCAAUGACAAUUCCGCUUGCUGUUAUAAGCGAAUGCUUAAGCGCUAGGGAUGGUCGGCUAGGGUCUGAAUUAACCUAUGAUGAGGCUGAUAUCGAACUUAAAAAAGAACUGUCCAUUGUUGAAAAUAAUAUGAAACAAUUACGUGAUCAAUGUCAAGGCACAUGGGAUAAACUGAACCGACUAGAAGAUGUUCAUUUCAAAUUAAGUUUAGAGAUUACAAAUAAAAUUGAAGCCGAAGAAGUCGAUAUCGCACAAAUUGAUUUGAAUAAAUUUGCUGCAUGUAUAACGUUUAAGCCUGAUCCAAUAAGAAAUCCAAAAAAUUGUGUUACGUAUGAAGCGUGGCUGGAUCACACUAAAAAUAUCAAGCAAAUGGCAGAUAAUGAAUUAGCUGAUACAUAUGCUAUCCGUGAAUCACUUUUUGUUUGUCGGGAAAAAGCUAAAAAUAUUUUAAAGGCACAAUCAGAUAAAACGGAGCAAACCCUUCGUAAAAGAAUUUUUGAAAUACAGAGAGCAAGGAACGAAUUGGCUUGGCAAAAAUUUAAGCAAGCUGAAGAAAUUGAAAGAGUUAAAUGCGAAAUAAAGACAUUGGAGCAAGCUUUACUUGAUAAAACAAAUUCUUUAAAAUUGGCUGAAACAAGAUUAGAAAAUCGUGCCCAACGUUCUGGUAUCGAAUUGUGUUUGGAUGAAGCACAUGAAAAAUUAGUUGAUGAAGUUAUACGUUUACGUAAUAUUCGUCGUCUCUUAAAUGAAAAAAUUGAUUGUGCUAAAACGAAUUUGAAUUCGUUGGCUGUCCAUCUAAUAAAACUUGAAGAAGAUUUAAAUAAUAAACAACACGCUCUUAUGACAGAUAUAAGAUCUUUAGAUCUACGUUGUCAAUUAAAGAAAGGACCAACAGAUACACAAACUGAUCGUAAUAUAAAAUUGGUUAAAAUGGAAGAUGAAAUCCCAAAUUCCCACAAAGAAAUUUUGUCAUCGCAUAAUUUGCUUUAA